CACAAGAGCCGCAGCAAACGCCUGACUUAUCCUGCGCCAAGCAGCAGACGAGACAUGGCCCGCACCAAGCAGACCGCUCGCAAGUCCACCGGAGGCAAGGCGCCCCGCAAGCAGCUGGCCACCAAGGCCGCUCGUAAGACACCGGCCACUGGCGGUGUGAAGAAGCCUCACCGCUACCGCCCCGGAACUGUGGCGCUACGCGAGAUUCGCAAGUACCAGAAGUCCACCGAGCUGCUCAUCCGCAAGCUGCCGUUCCAGCGCCUGGUCCGCGAGAUUGCUCAGGACUUCAAGACCGACCUGCGUUUCCAGAGCCAGGCCGUGCUGGCGCUGCAGGAGGCCGCGGAGGCGUACCUGGUCGGCCUGUUCGAGGACACCAACCUGUGCGCCAUCCACGCCAAGCGCGUGACCAUCAUGCCCAAGGACAUCCAGCUGGCCCGCCGCAUCCGUGGCGAGCGCGCCUAAGCAGCCGGCGCCGUGGACAGCUGUGGCGCGGCGGGGCGUGUGCUGCGUGCUGGAGGGUGCCGCGUACCCCAGGCACCUAGCUGCUGCCCUCGCGGCGGCGCUCACGGGCAACCAAAAAGCCUAAAAAAACAAACCCGGUGUUUCUCAACACCACC